GCGGCAAGGGGAGCGGGCAGGGGGCGGGGCGCGCUCGGGAGCGAACCAAUCAGCGCCCGCCGCGCUCUAUAAAAGGCGGCGCCGCCGGAGCCGCCUCAUUCGCGCCCCUCGCAAUGUCCGAGACCGCGCCCGCCCCCGCCGCUGAGGCAGCGCCCGCCGCGCCCGCCGCCAAGGCCGCCGCCAAGAAGCCGAAGAAGGCGGCGAGCGGCUCCAAAGCCCGCAAGCCCGCGGGGCCCAGCGUCACCGAGCUGAUCACCAAGGCCGUGUCCGCCUCCAAGGAGCGCAAGGGGCUCUCCCUCGCCGCGCUCAAGAAGGCGCUGGCCGCCGGCGGCUACGAUGUGGAGAAGAACAACAGCCGCAUCAAGCUGGGGCUCAAGAGCCUCGUCAGCAAGGGCACCCUGGUGCAGACCAAGGGCACCGGCGCCUCCGGCUCUUUCAAGCUAAACAAGAAGCCCGGUGAGACAAAAGAAAAGGCAACUAAGAAAAAGCCGGCUGCCAAGCCCAAGAAGCCGGCGGCCAAGAAGCCCGCCAGCGCUGCCAAGAAGCCCAAGAAGGCGGCGGCGGUGAAGAAGAGCCCCAAGAAGGCCAAGAAGCCGGCGGCAGCAGCGGCCAAGAAAGCAGCGAAGAGCCCCAAGAAAGCCGCCAAGGCAGGGCGCCCCAAAAAGGCAGCGAAGAGCCCGGCUAAGGCGAAGGCGGUGAAGCCCAAAGCAGCCAAGCCUAAAGCAGCCAAACCCAAAGCGGCCAAGGCGAAGAAGGCAGCGCCCAAGAAGAAGUGAGG